AUGCCGGGCUCUCUGAGGGUACAGGCCGGCAGGAGCGAUGCUCGGAAGACUGUAAAGAAGACGGUCCGUACGAAAGGCAAUAUCGCACGCAGUGAUGUACCCGCGAGGGCCACUCACUCGGCGGCUUCUGCCUCUGUGGCGACGAGCAGCGCCACCCCUGCGUCAACCCUGGCGAAUGUGGUGGCGCUCAGCACGUCCGAGCAAGAGCGGGCAGUGGAGGCGGUCAAGGAGACUAUUCCCGCAUCCGCAAGUCGAGAUGUGCUUCGCAAGGAUCCGAUCUACCGAAUCAUGCAUGCCCUUCCUCGCUCUGAUGUGCUGGAGGUGGUGCGCAGCCGUUUUGAAAAGCCGCACUGCGAACGCGCCGCGGCGUAUUUCGACCUCUCCUACAUGAAAAAUCCGCUGCGGCAUCUACGCCUGCAGCUCGGGUGUGACGGUCCUACAGGGAUUUACUUGUUUUUCCGUCGCAUCGCUGCACAUCGCCACACCCUGCGGGUGGUGGACUUUUCACGAAACCGACUGAGCGCCGACGAUGCCGUUCUACUGUGCAACACACUGGGAUUUGGGGUCGCCGGAGACGCAGCAACCGCGCCGGGUACCGCGAAAGCCUCCUCGGCAGGCGCUGCAGUGGAUUCGACUGUUUCGAUGGCGGCGGGGGCCUCCGCCCAACCGUCUUCCUCGCUCGAGCUUUUGGAUCUCAGUUACAACGCGCAACUUGGUAAUGACGGCGCCGUGCAUGUUGUGACGGCCGUGCGGCGCCUUCCGUCAAUACGGGCAGUGAUACUAAAGAGUGUAGGCAUCGAUGAUGAUGGUGCAAUGGCCGUGGCGAAUAUUGUACGCCGCUGGCCGGCGCCAGCGCUCUGCGCGAACUCAGCUACCCCACACUCGCUGCUCCGUCCAGUCACCGCCUCUGCGACCAAGUUUUAUCUGAACUUGAACGAGAACUACAUCGGCGCUCGCGGCACGGACGUGUUGGGGAAGGGGCUGCCGCAUCACGUUUCACUUACCCUGGCAAAACAGCGGCCAGACCCGGCGCCUGACCGGAAGCGCUCGCGAGACGAUGACGGAGCCGCGCGUCGAUGA